AUGUCGGCCUGGUGCUUUACACCGCGGAAGAACCGAACGGCCCCGCCGCUCUCUCCACCCUCGACAGCAUCUCCAACACCGCGGGACGUUGCUUCUCAGGAACCCGGAUCGUGUACGCCAACCUUUCUCAGGAAGAGCCUCUCCGAGUACGACGCGCUCUCCAUCAUCGAGCCGGUCGUGCUCGUCGCCAGCGACAACUCCUUCGAGGAGCUCUACCACGCCGCGUUCCGCGUGAAUGAGGAGUUCUGGGUGAAGGGCAGCAACCUCGAGGGCACCUCGUUCCCCUCAAGCGCUGAGGCGUCGGGGAUGUGGCAGGUGCUAGGCCACAUCAACGGCAACGCCAUCUACAACAACGACGACCCCGCGUUCGUCGAGUACGUGGAGUACACCCGGGCCCACUGGGGAUACGAGCACCCGUACGACGUGGCGCUGGGGAUGACCAUCUCGGACUUCCCGUACAGCUGGCCUCUCUACCAGCGGUACUCGAGCAAGUUCGUCGUCACCAACCUGAUCUCGUACGUCGGAGACGAGCACGUGACCCAGGACACAGUCUCCGACGCCGUUGCCGGCAAGACUCUUUUCGUCCACGGCGGUGGCGUAGCGGACGUCAAAACCGCCUCCGCCCCCCCCGCCCCCGUUGCCGUCCAAGAAACUGCGCGAAGGAGCCAGCGUCGCCGAAAACUCCAGAAGCGGAAGACGCGGGAGAAUUGGAGGAGGGGGCAUGCCGGCGAUGAAACCCCCAAGUGCUUGGACGGGUGCGAGUACACGAGCAAGGAUGGGACCAGGGGACGCGUGUGUGACGCGAACUGCUCGAGGCGUGACGUGUACGGUACCCUCGGAUGCGGCACCAAGGACGGAGCGUACGGGACGGAAUGCCGCGCUUGCUACAACGACGGCGGCAAGGCACACAAGCAAGAUACACCGGAGAACCGGGUGAUCAUGUGCUCGACCGCGAUGCCAGUGGACGUUCGCGACCUUUGGCUAUCUACGGACAGCGAGGACCAUUCUCUUCAAAUCGCGCACGCGAUGGAAGCAGAGGAUCGCGAGGAGGAAGCGGAGGGCAGCUUCGAGCGUGUAGACGUCGAUGGUAUCAGGGAGGGCGUGAUCUCCUUUUUCGAGGAGGAAGCCGAACGACCGUUUUUCCAGGACCUGAAGCGCGGCAACCUGUGCGCCUUCGUCAGUGGUCGGGUAGACGAGGAGGCCAUGUGGGAGGUGACCGUGAAGAGCAUCCUGCAGUUCAUGCCGGGCAUGAGGGUGGCCAUCGCGGCUGGGGCGAAGGGACUCGACGCAUACGAAAGGUCCAUGGGCGGUCUCCCCGGUGUCACCAUUUCCAGCACCCACAACCCCGCCACGGCGAGCCUGUUCGCCGAUCGGUUCUGCGGGGCCGGCACCGCUCUCAUCUUGUACGUCGAGCUGGGGUCCGUUCUCUCCCGGCCCUUCACCUCCAAGGACACCCACUCCCCGCGGGGCGACCUCCUGGUCGUGCACCGGGGCGGUCAGGGGAGCUACCGCGACGACGAGCGGAGCCGCCGCUCGGGGUUGGUCCUCGGAUUGGAGGCGCCGUCCUUCACGCGCGGCACCGACCUGGUGCUGCCGGUCGGCGCAAACAAGGACCUCCGGGGGUCGCUGGGAAUGGAAAUGCACGCAGACAGCGUACGGCGCGACGGCGUCGGGGCUGCGGUGAUGGCCCUGACCGAACCGGCGGACUUCGAGGAAGUCUCCGCCGUCCCUCAGGCAAGAAACCGUAUGUUGGCCGCGCUCGCCUAUGCCCGCAACACGCCGGGAGUGUGGUUUGGCGACCCCAAGGUCUGGGUGGGUCAACACCUCUUUCAGGAGGCGUCCAUCUGGGAUAUUCCCCUGGUCAAGCCCCGCUUCACCUGUGCCAUCGCCCUUGCCCUGGAGCCCGAUAUCCUACGCGCUGCCACAACUUUGCAAAACAACCUUGACUUCUUCUCCAGAGGGGGGAAAUGCGAGGAUGGCUUGAUCGAAUACUUGAGGUAG